AGUACGUUGCCUUUAAAGGCCAGGAACAAACUGUCACGGUUCCCUUUCCUCCCCUGAGCCACCAGCCACUCACGGCGCCUGGAGUUAUUGCCACAGAUGUAGAUGAAUGUGAUUCCUCAUUACCUGCCCCCAACCUCCCUGCUCUCCCAUUAGUGUCAGUGGUGGGAUCAGACCAGAGUCCCAGCUGCUAACCCAGGCCCAGGGCCCAGGCCGGCUGAGCGCUCUGUCCUGGAUGGAGAUGGCCUUGGUGCUGGUCCCUGCCUUCUGCCUCCUGAGCAGUGCCUAUGCCCAGGCGUGGGGCGUGACACUCGCACCAGGGCCCCUUGCUGUGGGGACCGGCUCCUGCGUGACCAUCCCCUGCUCCUUCACCUACCCCACAGGGUGGAAUGUCAGUGCCGUGAGCUGGACCCGGGUCGGGGACCAAACUGUGUAUCACUGGGACGGGGCUCGUGUCCACGCUGCCUUCAAGGGGCGCGUCCGUUAUCUGGGGGACCUGCAGCACAACUGCUCCCUGCGGGUGGCGGGGCUGCGCCACAGCGAUCAGGGCACCUACCGCUUCCGGUUCGAAGCAGCGGGCGAUGGCAGGAGGGACGGAUGGACAAGUCUGCCAGGACAGCAGCUCAAUGUCUCCGACGAUUGGUGCCAGCCCUCCCUGGGGCGCCGAACGGAACCGGGACCCUCCCUCACCUGCUCCGUGGGGGCCGCCUGCCCCCAUCACCCCUCCUGGUAUGACCGAGAUGGCGCGCGGCGGAGCCCAGGGCAAACCCCAGGCGGGGCUGGGGCGACCGAGCUGCGAAUAUCCCCAUCCCAGCUGGCCCCCGGCGCGGCACUGAGAUGCCAGGUGGAGGGAUACUGGGAUGAGUGUGACUCUGCCCCAUCCCAGCCCCUGGGGACAGUCGCCCCCAACGUGCCCAGGGUCGAGGGUUCGUGGCUGCCAGGGAAGGCAGGGCUAAGGGAAGGCGACGGUUUUACCCUGCGCUGCCAGGCUGCUGCCCUGUGGCCCAUCGCUGGGUACGUCUGGUCCCGCGGGGACGUGUGGCUGCCAGAAGCUGGGCAGGAUUUACGUGUUGACAAGGCAGCCGACUCUGACGGAGGGAGCUACGCGUGCGGGGUCUGGGUCUCCAGCCCUGGCUGGGCGUAUCUGAGCCUCUCUGCGAGGGAAUCGGUCGAAGUUCAGCGCUCUGGCAGGUGCCCAUGUCUGAGCCCCGGCCUCGUGGCCGGCGUUGCGGUUGCCAUCCUGCUCCUCAUCAUCCUUGUUAAUGUGGGGGUUUGGUACCUGCUCGGCAGAGGCUGGUGGCAGGCAGCAGCUGAGGGGGCUGUGCAGGGUGCUGAGCUUUCCCGCAGGCCAAAAACAGAGUCACCCUAUGAGGAACUCCAAGGACGGACCCAGGAUAUUUACAGCCAAUUGGUCUCUCCCCAAGCUGGUUCCCACUGAGCGCUGCUGAAAUCCCAACCAGCCAGGGACCCCUCUGCAUGGCCGGGACCCUAAACACAAAGAGAAGCCAUCGCUC